CUGCAUCCACGCCUGAAAUAUAGAAGGUGCGAUACCUAAUCUCCAGGCCUAGAGUCUACUUAGUACCUCCUAGGUAACCUUUUCAACAGGCACUUUAUUCUGUCAUACACGAUUUCUCGCCCUUUCACACUUUAUUUCGAUAAACCCAUCAUCUAUCAACUUUCAGGUGCGCCUUAUACCGUUUGUCUCGCUACUGAUGAUAUCGUCACAAUGAGUGAGGAACCGAGAACGUUGAAAGCAGUAUUCCAAGCCGCUGAGCUCAAGCGAUUAGCAUUAGAAGGUACUUACGAGGCGAACUCACCUACCUAUCGUGAGGAUCUAGCCGAGGCGCUAGAGCUUUACCAGGAAUGCACCCAAAUCAUCAACAAGGUCGCCCUGUUUAGUCCUAAUGAGAGUGUCGAGGAUAUUUCUACAUCAGACCUCCCUUAUUUACUAGUCAGCUACCGCAUGGCUGAGUUGCUUCAGAAGGUCUCAACAAAGUCACCUCUAGAAAGGAAAACCGCGCUAAAUACCACUCGGGAAGUUUAUGAGAAAUUUCUUCAUCUUCUCGACAAUUAUUCAAUAUUGUCGGCGUCAGACAGCAAGCUUUUUACUGAAUACAAUGAGGAUCCCGCUACCUUCUCUACUAUAUCCACAACAGAUCCAGCAGCUCGACGGAAUGCUAAAAUUGCUAACUUCAAGGCGGAAAAGGAGUUGAAGAACAAGCUGGAGUACAUGCGAAGCUCCCCGCGCUACCUAGAAGACGGAGGAGAUGAAGAAGCUGUUCGUGAGCUAUAUCUCACAAAUAUUUCCUUCUGCACACACAUGGCAUUUCAAGGCCUAGAGGGUAUCAAUCGAGAGAUGGAAAUAUUAGCUCAGGCCCCAAUCCCCUUGAUGCCACAGGCGACAACGGUUGAAGACGAUGAGCGGCGACGCAGGGGACCAUCUGGAUCAGACGGCUACUCAGAUAGGCUGGACGCGCCCCUGAAUAGUUUAAUGUCACGAACCAAUGGUCCACUUCUUAGUAGAGAAGGAAAGCCUUUACGACCAUUCACACUUACAUCUAACCGCCAAGAUCUUCGAAAUGGUGUAUUCCGUCCUGGCCACAAUCUUCCGACCAUGUCCAUCGACGAAUAUCUAGAGGAGGAGCGAAGACGUGGAGGUAUCAUCGAGGGCGGAGGAGAGGCCAGUUUCAGGCGACCAGAACCGGAUGAAGAUGAUAUGGAGAAAGCAGAUGCUGAGACGAUGAAAGCUAGGGAGUGGGAUGAAUUUAAGGAGGCUAAUCCUCGAGGUAGUGGAAACACCUUGAAUAGAGGUUAAGCAGGUGAUAGAUACUUAAUCAGAAUGGUCCUGCAAACUCACCAUGUUUUGAUCUUUCAAUACAAGUAUUAUCAUGUACAAUGUUAAUUUAUCUCAAAGGCACCUACCUGAGACCCAGGGAGUGAAAUACGGAUACCUGCAUGAACAAUUCAAAAUACCGAUAUCUGCAUAGUAAUACACUCGUUAAGGA